CUGGAAGGCUAUUAAUAGAGUAUCAGAGAUUAGGGAAAACACACGAUCUGCAUUGUGUAUCAGAGCCAAAACAAUAGAGUUGCACGAGGGUGUGAUUGAGGAAACGCAAGUAAAAUGGAUUCAAUUAGGGUAUUUGGUAGCAAAAAUUUGAUAUUGGAGAGUAAUGUUCAAGUAGGUAGCCAUAGAUGUAUUUCCGCCAAUUUAGGUAUGUCAGUCUUAGGGAUUGACAAAACAAACCAGACUGGUUUUUCUUCCCUCCCUUCGUUGCGCAGUAAUUCUUCUUUUAUCGCAUUGGGGAGAGGGGUUUCGAGAUCUAGGAAAGUCGCUAGAAAUCUUACUUCCAAGACAAGAAUUGGGGAACCUGAAACUACCACAAAAGAUAAGGAAUAUGAAAUUGAGGGCGAAGUAGUACUGCAGAAGGUGGCUUUUCUCGAAUUUACGGACUACUCUGCAACACUGGCUGACGAAGUUUCUGAAUUGACGGGGAAUAAAGUAUCUCUUGAGCUUGUGAGCAGCGACCAAAUUGAUCCAGAAACGGGAUUAGGAAAAACUGCUGGGCAGCCUUCUUAUUUAGAGUGGAAUCUGUUUGAUGGACUCAUUUCAGAUGUGACACGCUACCCAAUCAACUUUAAAUGGAACUCUGCGCUUGGUUUUCCGGGUGGAUUUGUCAUAAAAAGUAUGCACAGUCGAGAGUUCUUUCUGAUAUCACUCGCCAUAUCCAUCCCAGAUCAGGGAACAGUUCGUUUUCAAUGUGAUUCAUGGAUAUAUCCCGCUCGGCUCAUCCCUAAUGACCGUGUUUUCUUCUCCAAUAAGACCUUUCUUCCAGAUGAAACGCCAGUGGGUCUGAGGAAAUUCAGGGAGUUAGAAUUGAUAUCCCUCCGAGGAAACGGAACCGGAGAGAGGAAGGUGUAUGAUCUCAUAUAUGAUUAUGAUGUCUACAAUGAUAUUCAGGGGUCAGAGACAGACCCAGAUGUGCGAAGGGAAGUGCUGGGUGGAUCGCAGGACUUCCCAUAUCCCAGAAGAUGUAGAACUGGUCGCCCACGGGUUAAAAACGCCCCGCAAUUCGAAACCCGAGCAAGCUCGAACUUUCUUCCGCCGGACGAAAGGUUUCCUUACAGAGACUUUGCUGACUUUGGGACUCACAUACUCACGGCAGUUGCUAACGCCAUUAUUCCCACUCUCGAGGAUAUCCGCGAGCUCGCCUUCGAAUCCUUCGGCCAAGUCAGUGAGCUUUACAAACGGGGAUUGAGAAGCGCCUAUAAUUCUCAGCGGCAACUCCGUGAGUUUAAAAAGCUCGGCCAAAUUAUCAAGGAAGAAGUCAUCGCCCUCGAGGAAGAUCUUCCGCUCAUAAAUUUCAAUCGCCCACAAGUUGUCGAAGUUGAUGAGUUUGCAUGGAGAUGCGACGAGGAAUUUGCGCGCCAGACACUUGCAGGCGUGAAUCCAUUGGUGAUUCAGUGCCUACAGAGUUUUCCUCCUUCCAGUAGCUUAGAUGAAAAGUUAUACGGCCCACAGAAGAGCGCCAUCACAGCCCAACACAUAGAAGGAAACCUUGAAGGCCUUUCUGUAGACCAGGCCACUGCAUUGAAAAGGUUAUUUAUUUUGGACUACUAUGAUGCUUAUAUGCCCUACAUGGAGCGCAUCAAUAAGCUUUCCAAAGAUGUGAAAGCAUAUGCAACCCGCACAGUUUUUUUCCUCACCAAGGAAGGAACAUUAAAACCAGUGGCCAUAGAGCUGUGCUUGCCACCAAUUGAUGAGAAAGCAGCUGUAAGAAAGGUUUUUACACCAGGCGAACAUGGGACAGAAGAAGGAGCACUGUGGCAACUGGCCAAAGCCCAUGUUAGAGUCAACGAUACAGGUUACCAUCAGCUCGUCAGUCACUGGUUGACAACUCAUUGUAUCACAGAGCCUUUCAUUAUAGCUACCCACAGACAACUAAGCAAAAUGCACCCAGUCUUCAAAUUAUUGAUACCCCAUCUCCUCGAUACCAUGGACAUCAAUGCAGCAGCCCGUCAGAGCUUGAUAAAUGCAGGAGGUAUUAUUGAAUCUGGCUUUGCCCCUGGCAGAUAUUCUACGGAAAUCUCAUCUAAAGCCUACAAACAGUGGAAGUUCAAUGAGCAAGGAUUGGAAGCUGACCUACUUAAGAGGGGAAUGGCAAUCAGAGAUUCAAACGCACCAAAUGGUUUGAAGCUUGUGAUUGAGGACUACCCAUAUGCUGUAGACGGCAUUGAAAUAUGGUUUGCCAUAAAGCAAUGGGUUUCAGAUUACUUAUCUCUUUACUACAAGGAUGAUGCUACAGUAAAAAAGGAUAAAGAAUUUCAGGCUUGGUGGGAUGAAAUUGUAAAUGUGGGGCAUGCAGAUCUAAAGGACGAUCCCAGUAGAUGGUACAAGAUGAAUUCAUUAAAUGAAGCAGUCCAAAUACUGACAACUAUGAUCUGGACUGCAUCUGCUCACCAUGCUGCCGUAAACUUUGGGCAGUACUCCUAUGCAGGAUACAUGCCCAAUAUGCCGACCAUGAGCAGGCUCUUGGUUCCAGAAAAGGGAACACCUGAAUAUGAUGAACUCCUUAAGGAUCCGGAUGCAUAUUUCCUUAAGACUGUGUCUGCUCCAAAGCAGGCUACCAUUAUCAUGGCUGUUUUGGAAAUUUUGUCAAAGCAUGCAAGUCAUGAGGUAUAUGUGGGCCAGUUGCAGGGAUCCACUAUGGAUAGGCUGGAUGAUCCACGAGCAGAAGAAGCAUUCGCGAGAUUUACAGCAAGCCUGACAAAGAUUGAGAAGAAUAUAAUCGAGAGGAAUAAUAAAUGUCAAAUUUAUAAGAACAGGGCUGGACCUGCAAAUGUUCCCUAUACCUUACUCUACCCUAACACUACUGAUUUGUCGAGACUAGGAGGUCUUACAGGCCGGGGAGUGCCCAAUAGCAUCUCCAUCUGAUAGAAUAAAAACAUUUAAUAUAUUAUAACCCAUCCUUUGAUCCAUUACUAUUCUCCUUAAAGUUGCAAGUAACAUUGAGGUGAAUAGCGAUAGUGUGGGUGUUAUAUUGUUUUCUGCUAUAAAAAAGCAUGGAUCCUUCAGAGUGA